AAAACAGCCUUUGGCUGACUCGUGGCGCUCACGGCAUUCAGUCCAGAGCCACCUACUGCUCUGUAAGCAUCCACCGGCUGGGCUUCCUCCGGGAUUCUGGGGAGUGGAGUUAACCAGCCGGAGGGGGCUGGACUAGAAGACCUCUAAGGUCCCUAACUGGACGUUUUCCUGCCUGGUGUGCUGCUCCUUCCAGGGGGAGAGAAAGAGAGACAGGACACCACACGGUCUCCAGGAUGGCCCGUCCGCUCAGGGGCAGCAGCCCCUUCCUGCUCCUCUGUGUUCUGGUCUUCGCCAGCGCCAACCUGAUCCAGUUUGGACGGAUCAUCGAACACUUGACCGGAAAACACGCCUUCAUCUACAACGGCUACGGCUGCUACUGCGGGUGGGGCGGCUCCCGGCAGCCGGUGGACGCUACUGACUGGUGUUGCCAAGCGCACGACUGCUGCUACCAGGCCCUGUCGCUGCGCCACUGCAAGCCCAAAGUGGAGAAGUAUUUCUACUCCCUCGGGAAAGACACCGUCACUUGCGGUGGGGAGACCGAAUGCCGGCGGCAAACCUGCGAGUGUGACAAAGCGGCUGCCCUCUGCUUCCGCCGCUCGGUGUUCCAGGACCGAUUCAUCUGCUACCCAAACCUCUUGUGCCAAGGACCCACGCCGCCCUGCCAGGACUCCUACCCCCUCAGGAAGCGGCGCUGAGGCCGGAGCUUCCCAGCUCGGGAUGCCCACGGGGCCCACGAAACCGUCCCGUCCCUGCCUGCUCUCUGCCAGUCUCCCCGAAUUGGGUCUUCUUGCGCAAUAAAGCCACAGAGGUUCAGAGUUACGACACAGGCUUUUUUCUAAGUAGGCGAUCGGCUAAAUCCAGGGGGAGGGUUGGGCUCUGGCGUCCCAGGAGCGCCGAUGUCUUCCCUCCCUAAACAAGCCAGAAGCCUUUCCAGGGCAGGGCAGCCCCCCCAGGGAGGAGACCCGCUUAUCCCUAGAUCCCCCCCAGACCUAUUUUGGAAGGACCUGGAGUGAAAGAAACGCAGAAACGGCCUCUGGAGGAAAACAGGGUUUUUUAAAGGGAAAACCGAAACCGUCUUUUGCAUCAACAUUAAUAAAAUGACAAAUGGAACCGAAAGGUGAAGGUUGAGAUCCAGGGGGCUUUGCAGAAGAGCUGCCCACUUGAGGGAGGGGGGUAUUCAGGGCACAUAAAGCCCCUCCUGCCUCUCUCGCUGAGCCCCUUCGC